UGGUGAUUCCUGGGGUAGUCGGAAUAUCUCCACUCUUGAUGCCAUGACUAAGGAAUUAGGAGCACAUCUUUUGCAGACCCUUGAUGGAUUUAUUUUCGUAGUAGCACCCGAUGGGAAGAUCAUCUACAUCUCAGAGACUGCUUCGGUCCAUCUUGGUUUAUCGCAGGUUGAGUUAACGGGUAAUAGUAUUUAUGAAUAUAUUCAUCCUGCUGAUCAUGACGAGAUGACUGCUUUACUCACUGCUCACCAACCAUACCAUACACAUCUUCUUACAGAUUAUGAACUGGAACGUCAGUUUUUCUUGAGAAUGAAGUGCGUGCUGGCCAAGCGGAAUGCUGGAUUAACUUCGGGCGGUUACAAGGUGAUCCAUUGCCAUGGUUACUUGAAGAUCAAACAAUACACCAUGGACAUCGCCCCCUACGACGGAUGUUAUCAGAAUGUUGGUUUGGUGGCUAUCGGUCACUCGUUACCUCCUAGCUCACUCACCGAGGUUAAACUAUAUAAUAACAUGUUCAUGUUUAGGGCCAGUCUUGAUAUGAAACUAAUCUUCCUCGAUGGCAAAGUGGCAGUUCUGACUGGGUAUGAACCACAGGACUUGAUCGAGAAGACGCUCUAUCACUUUGUACAUCCCAUGGAUAUCAUGCAUAUACGAUACGCACAUCAUACAUUGUUAUUAAAAGGUCAAGCCACAACCCGGUACUACCGAUUUCUAUCCAAGCAAGGAGGAUGGGUUUGGAUGCAGAGUGCUGCUACUAUUGUCCACAAUAGCCGAUCAUCUAGACCACACUGUAUCGUCAGUGUUAACACUGUACUAAGUAAAAUGGAAGAAAAGGAGCUUAUUCUUCAGUUUGAUCAACUCCAAGCCAAAACGGAGUCGAGUUUCUCCACUGUCGAGGAAAAGACGAGACCAAGUAAAAGCAAAAAGAAAAGCAAAUCAUCUAAAUACCAACCAUAUCAAGUGCAACCUCCUACACAGACCUUGCUCUAUCAAGAUGCUAUGUCAGCAGCAGCUGCUGCAAGUGAAUACACUCAGGCAAGGACUUAUGGUCAAUAUGCAACGGCUUGUGAGGUUCCUGUACCUACGCCGCAGUUGACAGCAGCCUACCAGGAAGGAUUGGAUAGAUACAAUGCCAUGUAUUCGGCAACUUAUGCCGCAGGCUACCAACAUAACAUGUACGCUGAUGGAACUUACGGUGCGUACGGAAAUUCGUUCGCGUACCCGACCGCCGAGGCAUACGCGCAUUGCGUGAACGAUAGAUUCUCGUCAUACCGCGGACAUUAUGGGGAUGACCGGUAUUACGGAUCGACAGACGCAGCGAGAAGUUAUUUCACAUGGACCGCCGCGCAUGGCUACGGGACAGACGCAUCGUCUUACGCUGAUACGCGCAAGAGUUCGCAUUCUUAUUCAGUGACGGAUAACCUGAGAAGUGCUCCAAGUACGUCCACAUGUUGCAAUGAUACCAGCGAUGUUCGACAUUUAGAAACACUUUCUCAAUCCUGCACCACAAUGACGUCACCGAAUAAUGGCGUUUCCACCGAACAAUCUCACACAGUAACGUCACCAGCGCAAACGGGUAGCCCUUCAGGCGUUACGACCGUUUCUCCGAGGGCAUAUAGUCAUGACAAAUCGCGACAAAGAAGGGAAAGUGAUACAGUCAGCAAUGGCAGCAGGAAGUUUGAGAGUCUGGUACACGCAACAGAAAGACUUGUCAAGGAAGAACGUCAUAAACUGAACAACAGCAGAUUGAAUGGUGUAAAUACAUCUCAAAAUGACGUAACAAACACCCAUCAUAUGGGCCAAUCAGAAACAAGAAGAAGUUCUUCAGAGAACUCAUCGGUAAGAAAGAAUUCUUCUGGUGCAACCGAUAAUCGCGAUUCAAGAGACCUUCAUGAUAUUUCGUAUUCAACGCGCACGUCAGACCUCAACCGUCACACAUCUACCUACGAUAGCGCAAGAAGUACCAGUCCAAGUCGUAGGACAUCAUCCCUCCGUAAUGGACACACUUCACCCCCGUCCAUAAAUGGUACCUCCCGUCUCACUGACUAUUAUUCAGCCAAUAAGGACUCGUCGAUGUGCUAUUCAGGGAACACGGCUCUGGCGCGGACGUCGGCUUACGCCGCUUAUGGGACGUCGGAGGCGGCAAUAGCGGACCAGUGUCGUGAUCCCAAAGAAUACCCUUACUUUCAUAACUCCACCACGAUGUGUGAUAGAACAGGUUUAGGAUGGUAUGCAAAUGGCGCUCAUCUAAAGGAUCUCCACAAUGCAUAUGCCUACUGAGAGAAUGAAAACUCCUGAACUCUGAUAAAAGAUAAACAUUAAUCCUAACUAUUGGGCAUUCAAUAUGAUUUAUAUGUUCUUACUCUUGUUAAGUGUAAACUCAAUAAAUGAGGUGUGAUUGGCUUUUUAGAUGUAUCUGUAUUGCCAUUUUUUUAAAGGUUUAGUCAAUAUUGCAAACUGCAAUUUAUCACGUUAAUAAUGUAAUAAAAGCCCCCACUUAAUCAAAUUGGUCAAAUAGACCUCUCACAUUGUCAGGGGGUAGCGCCGGGAGGCAAAACGACAUGAAGAUGAUGGUACCAUUCUUUUUUCAAUUGAAUAAUUCAUCUUAAAAGAGAUACACGGCCCAGACCUCUCUUCUAAGAUAUUCUUCUUUAUCAUGUUUUUAACCCUUUCUCAACAUUUUCUCUUGUCCUCCUUUUUGUGCUUUCCUACUUGAUAAUCUUAAGAUGGCAGUCGCCCCUACCCCCCCCCCCUCCGCAUCGUCACCCUUGCUCAAAAUCAUCAACAUUUAAUGUUUAAAUGUGAUAGUGCAAGACAGAAAACAUAAUUAAUAUUUUCAGGUUAGCAUUUGAAGAAUGGGGCAAAGAUUUGAACAAAUGUUAUUUCUUUUUAUGAAACAAAUAAUUUAUCGUAAUGACGAUAAUGUUUACGAUCGGAAAGCAAAAUACCACUUGGUGAUAACUCGUUAAAAACACAUCUAACGGUUAAUCGUACCAGGUUAAUGACACAGUCAUACUACCUCCGGAUCGACUGCAUACCGGUCACAGCCCGUUUUAUUGAUGAAACUCUAUAGAAUAAGCUUUAGAUAAUUUCAAGGGAUGAAGUCAAUGCCAGCAUCAAGAUCAAGGCAGUAAGCAGCAGGGGAUUUUCACAAAAUUUACAAAAGGAUGAACGAAAUCCUUCAUUUCGCUUUACAAAAUGCAAAAAACGCCCCAACAACAAGCUCGGUCGCUUCCCUCCCUCAUUUUUGAGGGUUUUUUUGGAAAAAGUUAAUGUGUCCUGCCCCUCGCAGCAAACAAAAUCUGCCUACGGCCAUGAUCGAAAUCACAUUUUGCCGGCCUUGGUCUAGGGUCGAGUCACAUGUACAAAGUCUAUGGGCAAAGUUUUUCUUCAGUAGCCUCGUCACUCGGUAGUACCAGCCUCGACUACACCCCUCAUCAUUUCAUUUUCAAAUAUCAAGCUUAAAAAAACAUUGUAAUUUGAUGUUCUCUGUUUCGCCAUGGAUAUUAUCUAUUCAUGUUAUAUGGAAAUCAAUUUGAAAAGAAACGUCUAUAUGAGGAUUACUGACAUUUCUGUGACAUAAUAAUGUAAUUGUGAAAAUUAUGUUAAAAUUGUUUGAGAAUCAAUUUGUUACAUUUCCUUUGGUAUUGAGCAGUAAAAUGUCGUUGGGUGGUACAAUUUUGGUUAAACAUAAUUCCUAUUAAAAAAUAAUGAGCCCCUAUUUAUCUUGACGAGGUUUAUAUAAACUUAUGAUUGAUGUUACAACUUUCUAAUGAUGGACAAUGAAUACAAAGAGUAAACUGGCAGACUGUAGAUUUGAAAUAAAAAGUAAUUGUAAGAUUAAUUCAUUAAUAAAGACAAAAUUAUCGUAUAAAUUAAAUAAAAAG